AUGACAAAAGUGUGUCGUUUGUGUUUGAUAAAGUUACAAAGAGGCUCAAAGUACUUCAACAUAAAUGCUGUUGAAUCUUUUACUGGGUUCAUGCCCUACAGAGACCAACUAACUACCUGCAUUCCUGAAAUGGCAUUAGACUUAAUUCCUAAUCCUGUGAUUUGCAACAACUGCCGUACUGCACUGAAAUCAGCCUAUGACUUUAAAAAUAGAUGCCUGUUUGUUGAGAAAAAGAUCCAAAACUAUAUAGAAGGACAGGAUGGUCAUGAUGAAAUUAGCUAUGAUUUAUCUCUGAUAUCAUCUGAUGAUAUACCUCCAUUCAAUAAGUUGACUUUACUCAUUCCACCAACUGAUAAUGAUGAAGAUUCCACUACUAUAGAAGCUGUAGAACCAGAUAAGUUUCUAAAGAUACAAAGUGAGGAGCCUGUCCCAUCCACAGAAUCAUUAGAUAAUGCUAAUACCACUGUAUCUGAAGAAUCAUUUAACAUUAUAUGUAAUGCUAGUGGUCAGAAGCUGAAUAAGCCACACAAACCUCACAAACCUUAUCCUAGAGGUAGGGUAUGCAAUAGGUUUAAGAGUGACGAAUUUGUGUGCAAUUUCUGCAAUGAUUCCUUUGGAAGCCUACAGUUUCUUAGGAAGCACAACAGUAUAUGUUCAAAAUCUACACAAGAACCACCCAAAAAUAUAUUAACAAAGAGGCCACACCUUCCCACUAAGGCCAAAAAUCAUUUGAAAAAAUGGCUUUUUAGGCAUACAGAUCACCCUUAUCCCACAGACCAAGAAAAACAAAGACUAAUGCAGGAAACAAAUCUCUCUUUGCUUCAAGUCGAAAACUGGUUUAUAAACGCUAGGAGGAGGAUUUUACAGGAUCUUACCAGACUGAAAAGGAGAGGCUUCAGUGCAGAAGACAUGUAUGUCUCACCCGUAGGUCUAGAAAUGGAUUACGAAGAGUUGGUGGUCAGCCACAUAACUGAAAAACCUCAGUCAACCAGUGGUCCAAGUCUCGUAGAGGAAGUCAACUUACCACCACCUUCCGACAAUCUAAUCAAGGAGGAAGGGGAAGACAUUGAAGAGGACGAAAUAGAUCUGUCAACAGUUAAAUGCGAAGUUCUUGAAAACCGGUAA